AUGAGCGCCCAAGGGCAGGAGCAUGGGCACGCGGUUGUUGUGUGGGAGUGGGAGAACCGUCACGGACGGUGGCGACCGUACAGUCCCGCUGUGUCGCAACAUCUUGAGAGGGCUCAUUGCAAGAAACUCACCCGCGUCUUCCUCCACGACGCAGAUCCCACCCUCGACAGAUAUUAUAUAAAUCUCAAGACCAAGACGCAAUGCAGCGACGAUGGCGACGAAAUAUACAAUGUGAGGAGAAAGUUUUACCUGCCAGGCUCACCAGCUGGCAAAGGUGCCAAAUGGGAAUGGGCAGGUGAUUCGGAUGACUGGCACACUUAUGAUAUGGAAGUGCAAUGUCUCAUAGAGGAAGCAUGGGCAAGAGGUGAUAAGACCAUUGAUGUAUCCAAGACCUACUUGGGUUUUCCUUAUAUCAUCAAUUUCUGCAAUCUGACCCAAGUGAGAUGUUGCACUGGCUAUGUAAGGCCCAUAAGACGCAUACAGCAGGCACCUUAUCCUUUGGUCAAGGUUGCUCUGGAGGAAUUGCAAAUCACUUCUGGUGGUAGGAGAUCCACAUCGGUCACUGUUAAGAAUUCAACUGUCAAAGUUACGCACAAAAAAUCAUCCAAUGGAAGCACAAAGAAGGGUAACAAGAAGGGCAAAAAUGGAGAGAAUGGCCCGACGAACAUCGCACGCGUUAUCUUGAGCAACUUUAACAUCUUUGGCAGUAAGCAUGGCAUCGAAAAUAAUAAUCCGGUAGCGAAUGUGGAGUCUGGUCAGAAGAGGAAAACCUGGGAUGCUGUCUUGGAUGUGGAUUCCAGCAGCACCAAGAGUGGCCGCAGGCCGAGUGUGGACACCGUGUCGACAUAUCUGAGUCACGAGAAUCCGGUGGAUUUGUUGGACAGCAGCGUGGGAAGUGACGACGCGUUCAAGGAUUCUGUUCUUGGCGUGGAUGUCGCGACGGAUGUGAUAUCUCAGUAUGUGAAAGUGGUCGAGAGCGACGGUUCCGAUUCGUGUCCGGUGUGCUUGGGCGCUCCCGAGCCGCUGACAGUGGAGCUGACCCGAUGCAGGCAUAGACUGCACUUGGCGUGCUUGAACGCGAUGCUCAGCUGUCAGCAGCCCCCUAUGUAUAUACAGUGCCCGGUCUGUCGCAUGAUCUACGGCGAGAAGAGAGGCAAUCAACCGCCGGGGACGAUGAACUGGACGCGGAUACCACGCGCGUUGCCCGGUUUUCCGAACACCAACACUAUACAGAUUACUUAUGACAUUCCGUCCGGAAUUCAGACUAACGAACACCCCAAUCCCGGCCAGGCUUACUAUGCCGUGGGCUUUCCGCGAGUGUGUUACCUGCCGGAUAAUAGUCUCGGUCGUCGAGUGUUGAGAUUGCUGCAGAUUGCGUUUGAGCGCAGGCUGAUCUUCACGAUCGGCCGAUCGGUGACCACUGGCCGCGAGGAUGUUGUCACCUGGAACGAGAUUCAUCAUAAGACUGAGUUAGGCCCGUCUACGUCUGGCCACGGUUACCCCGACAUGAGUUACCUCGAAAGAACGCUCGCGGAACUGGCGGCGCAAGGUGUGACCGACGGACAGUCGCCGACAUAUCAACAAUUGCAUUAGCCACUCGCUCUCCUCAUCCUGCAUUAUUUUCAUAAUUAACAUACAACUGACGAUAUUACGCAAAAAUGAGUUAAACAGAUAGUAAUUUUUAAAAAAAAGAAACUUGCUCUUUUGAUUUUGUAGAGUUCAACUAAAUUUUGCGUGAUACCGUAAUGCGACUGCUCAUAUUAAAUUUGAUAUUAAGGAUUCAGUUAAUGUAAACUUGUACCAGAUAGGAAUGAAAAACAGCACGUGUCUAAACGAAUUAGAGAUGUAUAUUUUAAUACGAUUAUUCCGUGCUAUGCAAGGAACUGAUAGAUAUAUUGCUUCUAGAGCAGAUUCUUAGAGUUUUAUAUAUACAUAUAUUUUUUUCUAUGCUAGAGUAUUUCAUCGCGAGAUUAAAAUCGCGGCAGCAAUUGUCAGACAAAAGUAUUAAUGUUUUAUCCUAUAAAAUAUUAAUCUUAUAUAUGGAAGGAUGUGUAUAUAUAUAUAUAUAUAUAUAUAUAUAUAUAUAU